GUUAAACCUUCCCCUGAGCCCUGCCCCGCAACACAACCACGUGUUCUUUCUCUCUCUCUCUCUCUCUCUCUCUCUCUCUCUCUCUUCUUUCUCAAAAUUCUUUCUUCUUCUCUCUUCUUCCUCAAAUCAAUCAUAGUGAAAGAAAAAAUGGUGAAUGAAAAGGAGAAGAAGAAGAAGGUUCCAGAAUGGUUAAAUUCUUCUCUUUGGUCUACGCCUCCUUCCACUAUCUCCAUCUCCGAACCUCAACUGGAUCUCUCUGUGUCCGAAUCCAUCGUUAGGCCUCCUUCUCCAGUCAAACCACCAUCACCACCACCACUACCACCGCCUCCGCCGUCUGCAAUUGUUGACUCUUCACAUUCUAAUGGCACUUCCACUUCAUCUACUUCUCAACCUUCUCCCGAGGAGAUCUCUCGUCAAGCUCAGCUCUUAGUCGAGUUAUCAAAGAAAGUGAUUAAUAUGAGGGAAGUAAGGAGGCUUGCAUCCAUGGGCCUUCCUGAUGCUCCUGGCAUCCGCUCUACUGUCUGGAAACUCCUAUUAGGGUAUCUCCCUAGUGAUCGGACAUUGUGGCCUUCUGAAUUAGCCAAGAAGAGGUCCCAAUACAAGCAUUUUAAGGAUGACCUCUUGAUGUCUCCCUCUGAAAUUUCGAGGAAGCUGGAGAAGUCAUCACUUGCUGAUAACCAGGAACUCAAAGGUGAAAGUCGUUGUGUACUUUCAAGAUCAGAAAUUAAUCAGGAUGAGCAUCCUCUUAGCCUUGGAAAAUCAAGUCUCUGGAAUCAGUUUUUUCAGGAUACAGAGAUCAUUGAGCAGAUUGAUCGGGAUGUGAAAAGAACUCACCCAGAUAUGCCAUUUUUCUCUGGAGACACAAUUUCUGCAAAAUUAAACCAGGAAGCACUGAUGAACGUAUUGAUUGUGUUUGCCAAGCUAAAUCCUGGUAUACGAUAUGUACAAGGAAUGAAUGAGAUAUUGGCACCCCUCUUCUAUGUUUUAAGAAAUGAUCCAGAUGAGGAAAAUGCUGCUGCUGCUGAAGCAGAUACCUUCUUUUGUUUCGUCGAGUUGCUUAGUGGAUUCAGGGAUAAUUUCUGUCAGCAACUUGAUAAUAGUGUAGUUGGAAUCCGCUCCACAAUCACAAAGUUGUCACUGCUUUUAAAGGAACACGAUGAAGAGCUUUGGCGUCACUUGGAGGUCACUUGUAAGGUUAAUCCCCAGUUUUAUGCAUUUAGAUGGAUAACUCUUCUCUUAACUCAAGAAUUUGACUUCGCUGACAGCCUUCGUAUUUGGGACACUCUAUUAAGUGAUUCUGAAGGGCCACAGGAAACACUGCUAAGGAUCUGUUGCGCGAUGCUAAUUCUCAUCCGGAGACGGCUUCUUGCUGGUGACUUUACUUCCAAUCUCAAGCUCCUGCAGAAUUAUCCUUCAACCAAUAUCAGUCAUCUGCUUUAUGUCGCAAACAAGCUGAGGGCUCUUCCUUCUAGCUAGAUUUUUCUGGUUAUGCUUCGUUCCAUCUUCCAUGACAUUCUUUUUGUUUUUUUUUUUUUUUUUUUUUUUUUUUGAACUUGUGCACAUUGUAGAUCACCUUUUUUUAUGUUUUUAUCCUUACCGCCCUUGUAAAUGUCUGUUUAAAAGCAUUUCUAAAACAUUGUCUUAGUGUUGUACUCUUACAUGAGUUUCAUUGUCACUUGUUGCUCCUGAAAAACAAAAAUAGGAAAUGAUUACAAUUUAAUGUGAUUCAUGUGAUUUAUCCUUUGUAAUGUGAUGUAUUCUUAUUGAGAUUUUGAUUUUGCUUU